AUGUACGGCGACGUGUUCAACGCCACCAGCGGGCCGGAGGCGGCGGGAAGUGGCGCGCUGGCCCCGGGAGCCACGGUCAAGGCAGAAGGCGCUUUGCCGCUGGAGCUGGCCACCGCGCGUGGAGUGCGGGACGGCUCGGCCACCAAGCCCGACCUGCCCACCUACCUGCUGCUCUUCUUCCUCCUGCUGCUGUCCGUGGCGCUCGUCGUCCUCUUUAUCGGCUGCCAGCUGCGCCACUCGGCCUUUGCUGCGCUGCCCCACGAUCGCUCGCUGCGCGACGCCCGUGCGCCCUGGAAGACGCGGCCGGUAUAG